UCAAAAUGGCGACUACUAUUUCAUCCCGGAGCAGGGAUAUGAAGACGUCGAACUAAACACAAGUGAGGACAAUCCUGAGAAUGUACCAAAAAUGGCUCUUCAACUGUUUAACAAACGUAUCGUGUGUCAUCGGAAGAAGCAAACUCUAGCUGUGCUUGCUGCGGUUGUGCUGGUGUUCUGUCUGAUGCAGCUGUUCUCCUUGUUGAAGCUGAACAUCUUCCGGCAGCAGCAGGGGGAGAGUGGCCUGUAUGGAAGCAAACACAACAAUGGCAGGAGCACAGGGAUACACUAUCCUGACAAAGACAGAGAAUUGUUUACAAAAUCAAAAAAAACUGGCAACCACAGGAAUGUGAUACAGGAUGAUCUGCCACGUGGUGUUCACGUUGAUGUUGCACACCUGUUCAAACCAAAUGACCGAUACAUGUUCACCUGCAUUAAAACAAAGAGUGAGAUUCCAUGGGAGCAUGUGAAUGAUGACUACUGCGACUGCGAAGACUCCAGCGAUGAACCGGGAACUUCAGCGUGUCCAGACUCCAGAUUCUACUGCACGUACCAAAUUCCCCACGAAGAUGUGCAGUUUGUGCCAGGAAGCAGAGUGAAUGAUGGGAUAUGUGACUGUUGUGACGGCAGUGAUGAGUGGAGCGGCCACAAGGUACCAAAGCACAUGCACUUGACAGAGGAAUCUCAGGAGAAGCACGUCUACCAGUCUCCGUGUGGCAACCACUGUGAGAAGAUUGUGCAUCUCCGCGGCAAGGAGGAACAGAUCAAGCACAAGGGACAGAGGCUGAGGAGGAAGUAUGUCGACCUGGCCAAGUCACUUCCCGCAUCGCAGAGACAGGAGUAUGGUCCGGAGGGGGUGUUCUACCAGCUGGCACAACAGUGUUUCGAGCACCAUACCACAGAGUAUGAGUACACUAUCUGCCCCUUCUCAUCCGUUACCCAGCAGAAGUUCCCCCACCCCCGCAUCUCCCUGGGGAAGCGACCGAGGUGGGAGAAACAGAAGCCUGGAGACUAUGUGCUGGUCAUGGCAGAGGGGGACGCCAAUCUCUGUCCAUUGAAUCAUGCUAGAAAAACUAAGAUCCAUUUCUUCUGUGGUGUUAAGGAUCAUAUUGUGAAGAUGGUGGAAAAAGAACGAUGUUCUUACUCUGCUACAUUCAGCACUCCAGCUGCUUGCAGCUGACAUAGAAAUGGCAUACCAUAGUGUGAGCUGACUUACCAUAGUGUGCAGCUGACCUACCAUAGUGUGCAGCUGACCUACCAUAGUGUGCAGCUGACAUAUCAUAGUGUGCAGCUGACCUACCAUAGUGUGCAGUUGACAUUCCAUAGUGUGCAGCUGACCUACCAUAGUGUGCAGCUGACAUACCAUAGUGUGCAGCUGACAUACCAUAGUGUGCAGCUGACAUAUCAUAUUGUGCAGCUGACAUACCAUAGUGUGCAGCUGACCUACCAUAGUGUGCAGCUGACCUACCAUAGUGUGCAGCUGACCUACCAUAGUGUGCAGCAUACAUACCAUAGUGUGCAGCUGACCUACCAUAGUGUGCAGCUGACAUACCAUAGCGUGCAGCUGACAUACCAUAGUGUGCAGCUGACAUACCAUAGCGUGCAGCUGACAUACCAUAGUGUGCAGCUGACAUACCAUAGUGUGCAGCUGACAUACCAUAGUGUGCAGCAUACAUACCAUAGUGUGCAGCUGACCUACCAUAGUGUGCAGCAUACAUACCAUAGUGUGCAGCUGACCUACCAUAAUGUGCAGCUGACAAACCAUAGUGUGCAGCUGACCUACCACAGUGUGCAGCUGACCUACCACAGUGUGCAGCUGACCUACCAUAGUGUGCAGCUGACCUACCAUAGUGUGCAGCUGACAUAUCAUAGUGUGCAGCUGACAUACCAUAGUGUGCAGCUGACCUACCAUAGUGUGCAGCACACAUACCAUAGUGUGCAGCUGACAUAUCAUAGUGUGCAGCUGACAUACCAUAGUGUGCAGCUGACAUACUAUAGUGUGCAGCUGACAUACCAUAGUGUGCAGCUGACAUAUCAUAGUGUGCAGCUGACAUAUCAUAGUGUGCAGCUGACAUACCAUAGUGUGCAGUUGACAUUCCAUAGUGUGCAGCUGACAUACCAUAGUGUGCAGCUGACCUACCAUAGUGUGCAGCACACAUACCAUAGUGUGCAGCUGACAUAUCAUAGUGUGCAGCUGACAUACCAUAGUGUGCAGCUGACAUACUAUAGUGUGCAGCUGACAUAUCAUAGUGUGCAGCUGACAUAUCAUAGUGUGCAGCUGACAUACCAUAGUGUGCAGUUGACAUUCCAUAGUGUGCAGCUGACCUACCAUAGUGUGCAGUUGACAUUCCAUAGUGUGCAGCUGACAUAUCAUAGUGUGCAGUUGACAUAUCAUAGUGUGCAGCUGACCUAUCAUAGUGUGCAGCUGACAUGAAACAAUGCUGACUUACCAUAUUUUGCAGCUGACAUGAGACUAUGUUGACCUAGGUUGUCAAUAACAGAUGUUCUUUGUAUUCUUUCAUAUGCUAACAAACUUCGAUUUUUGUGAGAGUAUAUUUUGGAUCUUCUAAAGAUGAUAUAAUAAUAUUUUUAUCAGUGUUUUUGUGCAACAUGUAUUCAGGAUGACAGACUGUGUAAAUAUGUGUUUUAUGUCCAGUCUUAUCCAAUAAGUUGGUCAUUUUGCUUGAACUGGAGAUAACUCUUACGAAACUUCUACCUCUAUUACAUCUCUAAAGGCACUACUUGUAAUAAAGACAAGACACCCAUGGCUACCUAGCUGACCGACCGACUAACCAAUCAUCCAGCCAGCCGUCCGUUAGAAGAAGGACCAGCCGUGCGCUGACCGGCCAGCCACUGGGUUACAAUAUGAUUUUCAUCAACCGGCAGCUUCCAAGCCAGCCGCACGGACCCCAUGGGAUUGUCCAGUCAACCGUUCUACCGACCCGUCAGCCACCGCACGGCUACCGUUACCCACGGACCAUCGCAAGCCGCACAGGGAUUAAUGAUACCGGAAUCAUGGACACCGGAGGAGGACCAAUCCCUAUGAUUACCCAACCCCCACCCCAUCCCUGAAGGUACCCAAGGUCACUCAGAGGCAGAGGCGGAGUACGAAGAUCAGGCUGAUGACUCAUCCCAGCGGGACUACACCGAAAGUUACACCUUCGUAGAGCUAAUAGAUGAACUCUACCAUCUUAUGCCUGUACUCCAACCUCCUGUGACACAGAAUGAGCCACCCCAGAUGUCAGAAUAUGGGGGAUGUCAUGCUCCUACAUCGUCUCAACAUAUCCAUCGGACAUUACCCUGGAAAAGUUGUAGACAACAUGUCUGACAGUCUACUUAAGCCCAAGCAUGAUGAACAACUACCUUUCUAAUCAGACCAAGAGGGUUAAUAAAAUCACAACCUAUAUCAGCAACCACAACAUUCAACGGACAAUUGGGCCACGUGAUAGAUGAAGUGAGACAAGACACUGCUGCAGAACGAUUCCAAACUUCAACUAUCAACUUAGCUGCUAAAGCCCACGGAUCGUCAAAGCCUUAGAAACGUCCCAGGGACUACAAAUCUUCAUCUUCCAAACAGCCUCCUAAGAAGUUUGUCCCCUCCGGGAAGGAUUCAUUCCAUCCGAGUCGGGGGUACAACAAGCGGUACGUCAUAACCGGAAGUGAAAUAAUCGCCGGUAUUUAAGGUCACAAAUCCAAUUUAUAACGAUCAUGAUCAGCAAAUAUAAUGGUAAAUCUAGUGAAAAUAUCACAUAUUUGACUGAUUCUUGACACAUUUCUGAUUUUCAUGUCCUCAAGGGGAAUUUCAGAGGAAAUUAUCUCAGUAGGAUUAGAAUUAGUAAAUAAUGGUUUCCAGAAGAGGAUUGCUGUCAAUUACACAGGGAGUUACUAGAUCCCUAGGGGGUCCCUCUGGUUUAUUCUGGCAGAUAUGUAAUAGAGGUAGAAGUUUUGUAAGAAUUAUCGAACAAUAGUUCGGUUAAUAAUUCUAAGAAUAAUACCUCUAUUACAUCCGAAGUACUCCCUCCCCAAUUUAUCUACCUCUAGUAGUAGAUGAGUGAUAAAUUUGAUGUUGCAGCCAUCAUGACGUCAUGGCUUGGGCAGUUACGAGACUACAUGGGGACAACUAAUUGUGUGAUUGACAGUGUUCUGAAAAUUUUAGUUAUGGCAGGGAUUGAGUAGAGGUAGUAUUCUUAGAAUUAUUAACAAUGAUUACUAUUGUUUGAUAUUUCAUGAUUUGUGCGUCUCAUCUGUUGGUGUCAAUAGGGUGUCAUAAGCUCAGCACUCCAUAAAUAAUGUUGUGAUUUGUGGUCAUUUUCUUCAGACAGACACAACAAAAAGUAAUGUCAUCCCACUGUUUGGUAAUGACAUGUCAUCCCAUUGUUUAGUAUGGAUGUCCUCCCAUUGUUUGAUAAUUACGCCACUAUGACAUUAUUACAUAUACUGAACAAAAAAGUCAGAUCAUGAAUAUUUUUGGGAAUAUUUUUUGUAGCGAAGACUGAGUUUCUUUGAAUGUGUACUGUAUAUAGAAAUAUUUCAUGAUCUCUUUGUUUAGUUUAUAUAUAUUGUCACACUGACAUUUUUUCAGUACACUUGUCCCGAUGAUCUGUUGGCAUUGUACAUAUCAAAUCAGAUUAGAUGUGUCAGUUAUAUGUUUUAUGAUACUCCAAAAUAAAAAAAACAAUCUCAUUCAGAUAAAUUAAAAUUAAAUAUAUUUGCCCCAAUACAAUACCUCUCUGCAUAGCGCAUGAAGAUCUGACAACCCCUUCAUAAAAAGCUAGCUUCAGUUGAACUUUUAAUAAGCCAGUCAGCACUGAGUCUUCUAAAGUUACAUUUGCAUGAACAAAGCAUUCAGUGAAAACAAACUUCAACACCCAGUUCCGAAUGUAAAUAAUAAUGACUGUGCCAUACUCUUGUAGUAGAGAUUGUUUCCAUCUUUAUGUCACCCAGAGCAUUUACACUCCUAAGGAGAGUACCAUCGAAGACAUAUUUGUGAUUUUGUUGGUUUCUUUUGUUAAAAUAAAAUUUUCUAAAUCAAGGUGGUAAACAAAUGGAGCAGAGUCAUGUUAAAAAAGCUUACAUCUGAU